AUGGCAAAAAAUAAGCCUACAUUCCGAAUGGAGCAAAUUGCCCACAGUCAUCAUCGAAGUAACAAAAUUGAGGACAGCAAAAUAAAAAUAAUUGACCAGAAAAUAUGGCUUGUACAGUCAUCUUCUGGGCCAACAUUAUAUUCUGUGUCGAUUAAUGACCAUAGAAGUUGUAUGGGCUGUCCUUUGUCAUGCCCUGAAUGUAAAAUAUGUAUUCAUUAUUACACAUGUACAUGCAUCGAUUUUAAAAUUAAGGGGAACUUUUGCAAACAUGUUCAUGCUUGUGUACGCAUAUCUGAUAAAAAACAAACUUGUUUAACUACUAAUGAAGAAGUAACAACCUCAGCCUUUGAAAGUCAUAAUAACAGUGUUGUAAUGGGAUCACAGGAACAACCAACUCAUCUAAGAGAUGCUGUGUCAGCUUCUAGUCAAUUAACAGCUUUACUUAAUGCUGCAUUAGGAAUUGCUGGUUCUGCUAUAGAUGAAGGCAAACUUAAAGCAUGUAAAAAAAUAGAAGAAGCUACUCAGAUUUUACAAUCAAAUAAAAAUGUGUCUGAAAACUCAAACUCAUCUGGGCCCCAUUUCUCAGAAUUACCUGACAUGCCAAGUCACAGAAAUAUAGAUCAACAACGUUUUUGUUGA